GACAGCCGUCAAAUUGUUUUCCUUCGUUUUUUUCUGCUAGUGUUUAUUUAUUCGUCAACCAUACGAAAUAAAUUUCCCGCAGAAUACAAAAAGAUGCGCUAGACACGCAAUACGCGAGCAAAAAAAUCUUGGCGGGCCAUUUUACAAUUCAGUGUUUGCCUAAUCAAAGAAGGGUGGUCUAUUAGCAACCCACCAGAGAAUAAUUACAACAGCAGUAGAAAUAAUAAUCAUUAUUAACAUUAAAUUACGCCGGUCGCCGCCGCUGCUACUGCAUCAAAAUGAGACCAAAAGUUGACAAAGAUUUACUGCCCAUGAAGGCGCAUUAUUUUUUCUUUAACGCUGGCACUGCACCGGUUGUACCUUUUAUGCCCACCCUGGCCAAACAAUUGGGCUAUUCAAAUGUGGUUGUGGGGACCAUGUACGCUAUAUUGCCGGUAAUUGGCAUGCUGGCCAAGCCUUUAUGUGGAUUUAUAGCAGAUCGAUACCAACGCCAUCGCAGCCUUUUUAUAGCCGCUGAAAUUCUAACCGCAGUUGCCUUCUUCGCCAUAAUGUUCACGCCCGCCAUUCCACAACAGCUGCCCUCGGUGACCUUUCAUUGUCAUGCGGGUGGGGCGAAUUUUCAUUUUUGCACCGAAGAUCAGUGCACGUUAAACGAAAUCGAGCGGGACUAUCAGGACAAGGCAUUAGCAUGUAAGCUUAACUGUCCCGCCCAGGCCUUUAUGUGGGAUAUAAUAUGCAAAGACUGGAACACUACCGGACUGUGUCCGCCUGCAAAUGAUAAUGCAGACAUAGAUAUAAGUGCCACAUUCACAAAUCUCCUGGUGGAAAGGAAUGAAACCUCCAAUGAGGGUUGUGUGUUCUUCAGUGUGCCGCACAUACAUGCCGAAGUGAAUGGCCACAAUGCAACGAUGUAUUGUCCCAAGGACAAGCCAUAUUUUAGCAGCAUCUGUUCCAUGGACUGCAAUGACACCUAUUUGGAUAGUAAAAUAGCCGAUAGUCCGGUGAUAAGUACCACAGCGGCCAUGGGUUUAUAUCAAUUCUGGUGGUUCUUUGGUAUGUUGAUCAUAUCAUGGAUUGGCAUGGCGGCUGUGGUCAGUAUUGGUGAUGCCAUUUGUUUUGGCAUUUUGGGUGAACGGGCCCAUUUGUAUGGCAAACAACGUCUCUAUGGUUCGGUCGGCUGGGGAAUAUUCUCCAUUUUGGCGGGGGUUUUGGUGGAUAAGAUGUCGAAUGGUGUCGAAAAGGAUUACACCAUUGUUUUUUGGAUGACAGCCGUGCUAAUUGGUUUGGAUGUUGUGGCCUCAAUGAAAUUGAAGCACACCCAAACCCACUUAUCGCCCAACAUCCUCAAAGAUGUGGGUCAAAUGUUCCUCUCCAUUCGAUGUCUGAUCUUUUUCAUAUGGUGCAUCUUCAUUGGUCUGGGUACCGCUCUCAUUUGGAACUUUUUAUUUGUACACUUGGAAACGUUGGGCGGCUGUGAUGCCACCUAUAUGAAAACUCUACAAGGUUUUGUUAUGUCCAUUCAAUGUUUCUGUGGAGAGUUGCCGUUUUUCUUUUUCUCCGGUUGGAUUUUAAAGAAAAUCGGUCAUGUGAAUGCCAUGAGCAUGGUGCUAUUCGGUUUCGGUGUACGUUUUAUAUUGUACUCUAUGCUGCAGGAUCCAUGGUAUGUAUUGCCCAUUGAGCUGCUGAACGGAGUGACCUUUGGUCUAUUCUAUGCAACAAUGGCAUCGUAUGCGAGCAUUGUUGCACCGCCCGGUACGGAGACCACAAUGCAGGGUCUGGUUGGUGCCAUUUUCGAAGGCGUUGGUGUUUCUGUGGGCAGUUUAAUUGCUGGCUAUCUCUUCGAUUCCAUUGGUGGUGGUCAUACAUUUGAAAUCUUCGGUGUGGCCGCAUUUGUGGCCUUCAUUAUUCACGUGUGUGUGCAAAUGUAUUUGCAGCGUCAUCACUCCAGCAGCGAUACUGAAAAUGGCACUGUUAAAUAUUUAGCGCCUACAGAUGCCAUGCAUAUGCUUAACGAUCAAGAAUUUCUAACGUAGAUGUGGGCUGUGUGUAAACGUUAACAUUAUCGUAUAGAUGUUUUAUUAUCAUUUUUUUUUUAAUUUUGAGAAUGUGUUUAUAAUUUUUAAGUAGUUUAUUUUUUUUUCAAAAUGGCAGUUUGAUGAAAGGGUAUUUGAUUUUUAUCACGUUGGCUUAAUAUUUCAAAAAAAAAAAAAAAAAAAAGAUGUGAGGAGUCAUACGAAAAAAAUUUAAACUAAAAAUUUAAGAACACCUGCAAAAAUAGUAGAUAUUUCCUGGUUGUGAUAUGAAGUAUUGGUCCGGUGAAAGAUAGUCUUCAGAUUGUGUACUUUUAGUACAGCCAGGGAUGAUAAUUCAUGGCUCUUAACUCAAAUCUUUUGAGAGCAAUUUCCAUUUUUUUAAACAGUUUCCCCAAUUUUAUAUCCCGUUGACAUAGUAUUUAAAUUUUUUUUGUAACUAUUUCAUAAAAAUUCAAAAAAAUCAAACUUGGCUGAAAAAUUUUGGUCCUAACCUCAAAUAGGACCAGGGCUAAUGGUUAUAACAUCAAAUCUUUGGAGAGCAAUUUCCAAUUUUUUGAAGAAUUUUCCAAUUUUAUAUCCUGGUAGCAAAGCAUUUCAUUUUUUUAAAUAAUUUUUAACAAUUCAAAAAAAUCAAACUCGGCUGAAAAAUUAUGGUCCUAACCUCAAAUUUUUGGGAUAUAGUUUUCAAGUGGUUUUUAAAGAUUUUCUUAUUUUCUUUUAACAGCGUUCUACUUAAUAUUUUAUUAAUGACAUUAGUUUUCACUUAACAUUUAAUUAUUUCAAAAAAAUUCAAAAAAUUACAUAGGGCUGAAAAGUCGUGGUCCUAACCUCAAAAUUCAUUGGUGAAAAUUGUCAAAUUUUUACAAAACAUUUUGCAAUUUCAGCCUUGGCAAGACAAGAUUCUGUGAAAAAUUCAAGUUUUUUUCUAUAAAACCUGAAAAAAUGUUCCUUGAACUGAAAAGUCGUGGUCCUAACCUCAAAAAUCUUUGGUAAAAAUUGUCAAAAUUUUCCAAAAUAUUUUGGAAAUUCUCCCUUAGCAAGAAAAGAUUCUGUGAAAAAUUCAACUUUUAAAAAUUUUCCUUGGCCUGAAAAGUGGUGCUCCUAGCCCUAAAAUUUGAUGGUGAAAAUUGUCAAAUUUUUCCAAAACAUUUUGGAAUUUCAACCUUGGCAAGACAAGAUUCUGUGAAAAAUUCAAGUUUUUUCUAUAAUAACUGAAAAAAUUUUCUUAGACUGAAAAAUCGUGGCCCUAACCUCAAAAUUCGUUGGAGAAAAUUUUCAAUAUUUUUUCAAAAAAUUUAAAAACUUUUGUCAUUGCCAAAUAAGAUUCUAACAAAAAUUCAAAAUUUUCCUAUAAAAUGUGAAAAAUUAUCGAUGGGCUGAAAAAAACUCGGCUGAAAAAUUAUGGUCCUAACCUCAAAUUUUUGGGAUAUAGUUUUCAAGGGGUUUUUAAAGAUUUUCUUAUUUUUUUAACAGCGUUCUACUUAAUAUUUUAUUAAUGACAUUAGUUUUCACUUAACAUUUAAUUAUUUCAAAAAAAUUCAAAAAAUUACCUAGGGCUGAAAAGUCGUGGUCCUAACCUCAAAAUUCUUUGGUGAAAAUUGUCAAAAUUUUCCAAAACAUUUUCGAAAUUCAGCCUUGACAAGACAAGAUUCUGUGAAAAUCAAGUUUUUUUUUUCUAUAAAACCUGAGAAUAUUUUCCUUGAACUGAAAAAUCGUGGUUCUAACCUCAAAAUUUAUUGGCGAAAAUUUUCACAUUUUUCCAAAACAUUUUGGAAUUUCAGCCUUGGCAAGACAAGAUUCUGUGACAAAUUCAAGUUUUUUUCUAUAAAACCUGAGAAUAUUUUCCUUGAACUGAAAAAUCGUGGUCCUAACCUAAAAAUUCUUUGGUGAAAAUUGUCAAAAUUUUCCAAAACAUUUUCGAAAUUUAGCCUUGGCAAGACAAGAUUCUGGGAACAAUUCAAGUUUUUUUCUAUAAAAUCUGAAAAAUUUUCCUUGAACUGAAAAAUCGUGGUCCUAACCUUAAAAUUCUUUGGUGAAAAUUAUCAAAAUUUUCCAAAACAUUUUGGAAAUUCAGCCUUGGCAAGACAAGAUUCUGUGAAAAAUUCAAGAUUUUUUCUAUAAAAUCUGAAAAAUUUUCCUUGAACUGAAAAGUCGUGGUCCUAACCUCAAAAUUCUUUGGUGAAAAUCGUCAACAUUUUCUAAAACAUUUUGGAAAUUCAGCCUUGGCAAACAAGAUUCUGUGAAAAUCAAGUUUUUUUCUAUAAAACCUGAGAAUAUUUUCCUUGAACUGAAAAAUCGUGGUUCUAACCUCAAAAUUUAUUGGCGAAAAUUUUCACAUUUUUCCAAAACAUUUUGGAAAUUCAGCCUUGGCAAGACAAGAUUCUGUGAAAAAUUCAAGAUUUUUUCUAUAAAAUCUGAAAAAUUUUCCUUGAACUGAAAAGUCGUGGUCCUAACCUCAAAAUUCUUUGGUGAAAAUCGUCAACAUUUUCUAAAACAUUUUGGAAAUUCAGCCUUGGCAAACAAGAUUCUGUGAAAAUCAAGUUUUUUUCUAUAAAACCUGAGAAUAUUUUCCUUGAACUGAAAAAUCGUGGUUCUAACCUCAAAAUUUAUUGGCGAAAAUUUUCACAUUUUUCCAAAACAUUUUGGAAUUUCAGCCUUGGCAAGACAAGAUUCUGUGACAAAUUUAAGUUUUUUCUAUAAUAUUUGAAAAUUUGUCCUUGGAUUGAAAAAUCGUGGUUCUAACCUCUAAAUUCAUUGGCGAAAAUUGUCAAAAUUUUCCAAAACAUUUUGGAAAUUCUGCCUUGGCAAGACAAGAUUCUGUGAAAAUUAAGUUUUUUCCUAUAAAACCUGAGAAUAUUUUCCUUGAACCUCAAAAUUUAUAGGCGAAAAUUUUCACAUUUUUCCAAAACAUUUUGGAAUUUCAGCCUUGGCAAGACAAGAUUCUGUGAAAAAUUCAAGUUUUUUCUAUAAUAUUUGAAAAUUUGUCCUUGGAUUGAAAAAUCGUGGUUCUAACCUCUAAAUUCAUUGGCGAAAAUUGUCAAAAUUUCCCAAUCAUUUUGGAAAUUCUGCCUUGGCAAGACAAGAUUUUGUGAAAAAUUCAAGAUUUUUUCUAUAAAAUCUGAAAAAUUUUCCUUGAACUGAAAAAUCGUGGUCCUAACCUCAAAAUUCAUUGGUAAAAAUUGUCAAAAUUUUCCAAAAUAUUUUGGAAAUUCUCCCUUAGCAAGAAAAGAUUCUGUGAAAAUCAAGUUUUUUUUCUAUAAAACCUGAGAAUAUUUUCCUUGAACUGAAAAAUCGUGGUUCUAACCCUAAAAUUCGUUGGUGAAAAUUAUCAACAUUUUCCAAAACAUUGUGGAAAUUCAGCCUUGGCAGGACAAGAUUCUGUCAAAAAUUAGUAUUAUUUUUUUUUAAUGCGUAAAUUUUUCCUUGGCCUGAAAAGUGGUAGUGGUCCUAACCCUAAAAUUUGUUGGUGAAAAUUGUCAAAUUUUUCCAAAACAAUUUGGAAUUUCAGCCCUGGCAAGGGCCAUUACUAAAAAAUUUUUAGUAAUUUUUUUUACCUUCAAUUAGUCAAAAUUAAGCCCUUGCAUUUGAAUUCAAUAUUCUUUUAUGCCACACCAAAUAUUUCACAUUUUUAGCCAACGUUUUAAAAAGAAAUACCCGGCCAUGUUUUUAGAUUUUAACUUUCUAAAUA